AUGCAGAAAGAGAGCUUGGAUUCAGAUGUCAUUCUCAGUAUAACUGAGUAUCUCUCCAAACAUGGCUAUGAAAAAAUAGCCAAUGACCUCAAAGCAGAAGCAAAAAUCAAGGCUGGUAAUGCAGACAAAGAUGAUUGUUUUCCUCAGCCGGUCCAACCACUUCUUUCGAAUCCGCUACUCACGAAAUUCACUGGAACAAAAUUUACUCCAGGCCCUUCUGUUCUCGCCAAUCCGUUAUUUCUGUUGUUACAGAAUAUGGACUCAAGUACCGAGAAAGAUGAUGUGAUAAGUUUCUUCAAAGAAGGCGCCGGUGUUACUGUUAAACCUGAAGCUAUAACUCUCGUAGUCAAAGGACCCGAAAAGAAUACCUGCUCCUCUGUUGAAUUGCCUGGGUUUGAAGGCAUAGCAACAAAAGCAGGCCAGGUUAAGUUCGAAUCUUGGGAGCUUACAAAGAAGGCAAUGGGCUUGCAUGGCAAGUUUAUGAAAGUUCGUGGUGUUGCUAUACAACGAAGGAAUGAUGCUGGUAUGGGUCGUCAUGUUUAUAUCAGCUUAGCUGUAAACGAUCUGCGAACAGUGUGUGCUUAUGGAUUCAAGAAAAACGAGCAUGGAGCACGUGAGGCCGUGGACAGAGAAACGAUUAGAGAGAUGGUCAGUGAAGAAGAUGGCAUUGAGAUCAUCAGUAGCAUUUCUCCAGAGGACGCAAUGAUGGAAUACUAUCUGCUUCGAAUGUCUGAAAUCGUUGCAUUCAAAUUCAGACAAGAAGGAGGAAAGGUGAUCGUGCGGGGAAACUGUUCUGUUAUUCUCAGUGCGUCUGGGAAGGCAAUUUGCAAACUAAGUGAAGUCUUAGGUGAAUCAUUAUCGCCGCACCAUAAGAGAUUGCUGCAGUGCCUUGUCACUGAAAUUCCUGGACGUUUAUGGGAGGGAAGGGAUGCUCUUCUGGAUGCCCUAGGUGCUCUUUCAGUCUCUUGCCACGAGGCAAUAACUAAAGAGGAUCCAACAACUCCCACUACCAUCUUGAGCCUCAUCUGUUCUGCAUGCAAAAAAAAACUCAAGAAAUAUCGUGAGUCAGCCUUUUCUUGUCUAGACAAGGUCAUAAUAGCUUUUGGCGAUCCAGAAUUUUUCAAUACUGUUUUCCCUAUGCUAUAUGAGAUGUGUAAGACUGCCUCUGUCAGAACGAGCUCUCAAGCUCUGUCAGCAAGUGAUGCCGUCAAAACAGGUUGUUACACGAUGAGUCCUAUACUUUGA